CCCACCCAGUCCCCCUGCCCUUGCGGUGGCCUUGCGGUGACACCACCGGACCGGAGUCGCCAUGGUGGUCUCACAGCCGGACGUGGAGCUGGAAGCGGCGGAGGUGGAGAAUCGCACGGAGGAUCAGAUCCACGAGAAUCACACGGAAGAGGACCCAGACUCGCCGGAGAAAGACUCGCCGGAGAACAGCACGGAGAAGGAGGAGACUGACAGAACUACAACCAAGACCACGACCAAAACCAUUACCAAGACUACCCAGACCACUGAGACCACUACCACUGCUCAUGAUGCUUCUGAGAGCACAGCUGACACUACCAGCACCAGCUCUGAGAGCACAGCUAGCACGACCACCAGCACUUCUACAAAGCCACCAGGAGACUUGAAGAUGCUGGUGAUCACCGAUCUACAUUUUCAUCCCAGAUACAAAAGGACUUUGGGCCCGAAAUGCAGGUGCAGAACAAUCAGUCCAGAGUCCAGGACGUGUGACCUGUGCCCGUGCCCAUGAUCCUCGCUUUUUGGUCAUUGGGAGAAGCCUACACGGCCAGGGUCUCCUUCUUCCCGGUUCAUCUACAACCGAUGAAUCGCCCUCCUCCCAGUUCGUCUGAUGCUCAGCCUGUUGUCCGUGUGUUUUCCCUGUUCCGA